UCUCCCUCUCUUUCUCUCUUCUUUCCUCUUGUGUCUCUAUCUCUUUUCUGGUUUAAGUUUGAAAGACAAAUACACCAUGACAGAUGUACUGAGUGAAGAACAGAUUUUGGACUUCAAAGAGUCCUUUGGCUUGUUUGACAAAGAUGGAGAUGGUGAGCAUGUGUGCAUCUUCUUGAAUCUUUUGACAGGUUGCAUUACUGUGGAAGAACUGGCCACUGUCAUUCGGUCAUUGGAUCAGAACCCCACUGAAGAAGAGCUUCAAGAUAUGAUAAGCGAGGUCGAUGCAGAUGGCAAUGGAACCAUCGAAUUUGAUGAGUUCUUGAACUUGAUGGCCAAGAAAAUGAAAGACACUGAUGCAGAGGAGGAGCUCAAAGAGGCUUUCAAGGUUUUUGACAAAGAUCAAAAUGGUUAUAUAUCAGCCAGUGAGUUGAGACACGUAAUGAUCAAUCUAGGUGAAAAACUAACCGAUGAGGAGGUGGAGCAGAUGAUUAAAGAAGCAGAUUUGGAUGGUGAUGGUCAAGUUAACUAUGAUGAAUUCGUCAAGAUGAUGAUGACCAUUCGAUGAAACACUCUCGCCGAAUUGGAUUGGACAUAUUUGUUAUGCAAAUUAAUUUGGCUUCCAUACUCAUUCCCUCGCAAGAAAUAAGUGUUCUUAUUAUUGUCUGUUGUGUACUACUUGUACUUGUAGCCCAUCAUGAUGUGAAUGACCAAGUAUUAGAGUGACUAAUCAAUCACACUAUUUGAUUUGAUCCACUAAAACCAUUUAGUGCAAGUUUACUUUAAUCAAUGUGCUUGGAUCUGGCAUGUUGCACAGAAUGGCAAGC